UAUUUUGGUUUCCCCAUGAUAAGAGUCUCGCAGCAACAUCACGCGGUGUGAACCAUCCUCCGUGUGCCAUUUUUACAGGAUUUUACUGUGACACCUGUGACUCCGUAAGUGUCAGAUUUUUCCAUUCAGUCUGAAAGCAUUGAGGUGUUUCCCGUGGACUGAUGGCGUCUUCUGCACCUUCUUCCUCGGCUGGUGAUAUGGACCCAAACACGGCUAAUUUACGACAACCUGCCACAACCUCGGACGCGUGGUACGGGGUUGCACACGGAUGCACGAGGAAACUGGGCAUGAAGAUCUGUGGUUUCCUGCAGAAGAACAACAGUUUGGAUGAGAAGAGUCGUAUGGUGGGCUCCUUCAAGGAGAGCGCCAAGAACCAGAUGUCGUGCGACAACAAUGAGCGCUUCACGCGCGAUGAGACAGAUUUCUCCAACCUGUUCGCGCGAGAUCUACUGCCCGCUAAAAACGGCGAGGAGCCCACAAUCCAGUUUCUUCUCGAAGUGGUGGAGAUCCUCACCAAUUAUGUGCGCAAGACCUUCGACAGAUCCACCAAAGUGCUGGACUUCCAUCAUCCUCACCAGCUGCUGGAGGGAAUGGAGGGCUUCAACCUGGAGCUUUCUGACCAGCCCGAGUCCCUGGAGCAGAUCCUGGUGGACUGCAGAGACACGCUGAAAUACGGGGUCAGAACAGGUCAUCCUAGAUUCUUCAACCAGCUUUCCUCCGGUCUGGACAUCAUUGGUCUGGCUGGAGAAUGGCUGACCUCCACUGCCAACACCAACAUGUUCACAUAUGAGAUUGCGCCUGUGUUUGUCCUGAUGGAGCAGCUCACACUCAAGAAGAUGCGGGAGAUCAUCGGCUGGCCAAACGGAGAUGGAGAUGCGCUCUUCUCACCUGGUGGUGCCAUAUCAAACAUGUACAGUGUGAUGGUUGCGCGGUAUAAAUAUUUCCCUGAAGUCAAAACCAAAGGCAUGUCUGCGGCUCCGCGGCUCGUGCUGUUCACAUCUGAACAUAGUCAUUACUCAAUCAAGAAGGCAGGAGCUGUUCUUGGAUUUGGCAAAGAAAACGUCAUUCUCCUGAAGACAGAUGAGAGGGGGCGUGUCAUACCUGCUGACUUAGAGGCUAAAGUCAUUGAUGCCAAACAGAAGGGAUAUGUCCCACUGUUUGUGAAUGCCACGGCUGGUACUACAGUAUAUGGAGCGUUCGAUCCGAUCAAUGACAUUGCUGACAUCUGUGAGAAGUACAACUUGUGGUUACAUGUGGAUGGUGCGUGGGGUGGAGGACUGUUGAUGUCCAGAAAGCAUCGUCACAAGCUGAGCGGCAUUGAGAGGGCAAACUCCGUCACGUGGAACCCUCAUAAGAUGAUGGGUGUGCCUUUACAAUGUUCAGCCAUCCUGGUCAGAGAGAAGGGCAUUCUCCAGGGCUGCAACUCCAUGUGCGCAGGUUACCUCUUCCAGCCGGACAAACAGUACGACGUGACCUACGACACCGGAGACAAGGCCAUCCAGUGCGGCAGACAUGUGGACAUCUUCAAAUUCUGGCUCAUGUGGAAGGCCAAGGGCACGAUUGGGUUCGAGCAGCACAUUGACAGAUGUCUGGAGCUUUCUGAAUAUCUCUACAAUAAAAUCAAGAACCGUGAGGGAUAUGAAAUGGUCUUUGAGGGCCAGCCCCAGCACACUAAUGUUUGCUUCUGGUAUAUUCCACCGAGUCUGCGUGGCAUGCCGAACGGAGACGAGCGAAGGGAGAAGCUGCACAGGGUGGCGCCAAAAAUCAAAGCAAUGAUGAUGGAGUGCGGCACCACCAUGGUGGGUUACCAACCACAGGGAGACAAAGUCAACUUCUUCCGAAUGGUGGUCUCCAAUCACGCCGUCACCAAGUCGGACAUCGAUUUCCUCAUCGAUGAGAUCGAGCGGCUCGGUCAGGAUCUGUAAAACAUCUAUAAUAGAGGCUCAUUGGUCGCCUACGCGUUUAACGGCUAUGUUUCGACGUUGUGUAGUUCUGUCCUUUCUUCUCAAUGUCUUUAGAUCUUUAUAUUACAGAUUGCAUAGCCUGUAUAGCUACACAGUCACCUUACGACAUAUAGUCCAUUGGGAUAACAGCCGGUGCUUGUAAAUACUAUGAAGUCGAGCAAAAGCACAGCACUCUUUUAACGAAGCCCCUUUCGGUGUAAUAGUGGGGUCUGUGUGUAAACCAGUGGUGGGUCUGUAUUUUAGUGUUGUGUUUUUUAGAUCUUCCCUUGUCGUAGGUCUUGUAAAGUGUUUAAUCAGCACCUUUGUGAGGUGAAACAUAAGUAUUCAAUUUUAAGUUGGAAAUAUUCUACCGAUAUUAAAUAGAUAUAAAAAUAAAGACCUUUAUUAUAUCGUGAGCCAAACAGUCUCUCUCAUUUGUAAUGGCUCGUCAUUUGUAUUGAAAGACGAGUUAUAUAUAUAAUCAAAUAAAUUUAGGCUAAUGUUUAAUGGUCCAGUAGUGUACUUGUGAGCCAAAGACAGAACUAGUGCCAUACACUUUACAAUAUACUCCAUAUUCUUUGAAAUAAGCAAGCAUAUAAAUGAUAGUAUCGCGUUUAUAUUAAUAUAUAAAUAUAUAUACUGUGUAUGUUUGUCAGUGAGGCCCUUAACUCUGUGCAAUCAGUGUGUUUGUUAGUGUAUAAAAUGUUAUCGUGUGUAUCUCUGACUGAAUGUUACAAGCAAUCCUAUCAAAUAUCUGAAGGUAGUUAGUUACCAGAUGUAUAUUGCUGAUUAUUGAUAUUCAACUCAGGCGAUUGUUGCAUCAUAUUUAAAUAAGAAAAUACUAAUAAAUAAAAGCGGAGGAAAACAAUAAAGCACAAUAACUAGAGAAGGAAGGCUGGAAAUGUCCUCAGGAUGCUGGAAGAUUGUGUUCAUACUAAUAUUUAUUGAAAGUUUAUUAUUAAUAUUUAGAUUCAGCUGUUGUGUUUGGAACGAUGACUGUUUAGUGUUUCUGACAAAUGCACAAUAACCUCUUGUUUUUCCUCUAUUGUUGACUGUAUAUGUUGAAUGUGAGGAGGGGGAUCCGCUCUCCUCAGCAAGGCUGGCACUUUAAAAUGCAAUCACCUUACUAUGUGUAUACUGUUAUUAUUAACACGUGUAUGUACGCGGCACAAUAAAAUAUAUUAAAGUAUAUGAAUGUUCUGUUGGUUGGUCGUCUUUUAAAACUAUGUAAAAUCGUACACCUUUAUUUUAAAAGCCUAUAAUAAACAUCUCACACUGA